GCAGGGCUGCCUGCUGGACCUGGUGAUCCCGCUUCCUUGGGAAGGGAGAAAGCCUCCACCUACCUUGCUCUCCUUCCUUCCCUCCCCAGUCCCUCACCCCCUCUCUUCCCCUCAGGCAGGCAGGAUUCCUCGGGCAGAGCAUGCAAUCAGUUUGCAGGGAGCAGCCACAGGAAAGAUGCAGAAGCACAACCAGAAGGAGCACCUCUACAAGCUGCUGGUGAUCGGGGACCUGGGAGUGGGCAAAACCAGCAUCAUCAAGCGCUAUGUCCACCAGAACUUCUCCCCCCACUACCGGGCCACCAUCGGGGUGGACUUUGCUUUGAAGGUGCUGAACUGGGAUGCUGAGACUGUGGUGAGGCUGCAGCUCUGGGAUAUUGCGGGACAGGAAAGAUUUGGAAACAUGACCAGGGUGUAUUACAGAGAGGCUAUGGGGGCAUUUAUUGUCUUUGAUGUUACAAGACCUGCGACGUUUGAAGCAGUGACAAAAUGGAAAGAGGAUUUGGACUCUAAGUUGGUUCUUCCAAAUGGCAAGCCUGUGCCAGCAGUCCUACUAGCAAACAAAUGUGACCAGGGAAUAGAUGUUCUUAUGAACAACGGCAUCAAGAUGGAUCAGUUCUGCAAAGAGAACGGGUUCGUGGGCUGGUUUGAAACAUCAGCCAAGGAAAACAUAAACAUCAAUGAAGCUUCCAGAUGCUUGGUGAAACACAUAAUUGCUAGUGAGAGUGAUCCAGUUCAGUCUGUUGAACCAGAUAUUAUAAAACCACACUUGAAUUCCUCCAAGAUUGUCAGUUGUUCAGCUUGCUUUAAAUCCUAAGAGACUUCCAGACUAUUACAAGAGCUGAACAACUAUGAUUCACAAUUUAUACUUUAUUCAACGAAACCAGCCUGCCCACAUUGUCCCUAAGCUGAUUGUCAUUUUCUCAAAAAUAUAUUUAAAUUUUUCCUUUUUUUUUUUUUCCAGCUAAAAUUUAUUAUAAGGUGUUCAUUGAUAGCAACUAUUCAAAACUCUCUUUAGCUAUUGGUCAAUUAAGAUUCAUGGUGAUGACUGUGUUUUCCUGUUUGGGUGGCACCAGUGAUAUAAAAAUCUAUUUGUUUGCCAUAUGGUUUCUGAAACUUUGCAUUUGUGAUGUGACUGUGGCAGCACCCUACAUGUCCAUUGAUUUCCAGGAUGUUUUCUCAAUACCUUGACCAGGCAAAUGCUAUCAGCGCGCUCUUUGUCACCUCUCAAACUUCAAUGAUCUUGUUUCAUGAGGUAGAUGAUGAUGAAAAUCAAAACUGAGCUGUUCAGAAAGAGACACCAAGAAUGCUCACAGUUAAAUAUUCCCAUUGCAAGUUCAGUCUCUUGGAUAUAGUGACAGGUCUGAACAUGAAGGAACAUUUCACAUCAUUCAGUUCUCCAGAAGAUCUGAGUUUCUGAGUCUGAUGAAGAAUUGGCUCCCUCUUUCUGAGGAGUUGCAGUCUCUUAGUUGAUAGCAUCAUGUUAGAUGAAACAAAAUGGAACAAGUCAAGGGUGAAGGGUGACAAAACAGGCAAUCAGGGGUACAGUCUCCUGAGUGAAGCAGAUCAGGGUUUUCAGAAAGGGUUAUCUAUUCUAUUAAGCUGGCAUUUCCUCUGGAAAGCCCACAUUGAUUUUUUUCCUGCCUCUCCUCCCUCAUGCCACAGAUAUCCCCAUGUGUUUAAACUGUGAGUAUUCUGUAAGUCCUAACAUGCAUCCCUUCAUUAUGUUUAUACUCAUGGAAAAUUCGCCAUCCACACUGUUACAUAACAGCAGAACUUUUCAGGAAUCCAUCUGUGUUAAUUAGAAGGGUAUUUGCUUUCUGAAAACAUUCUUCUAAAAUGUAUAUGAAUGAUCACAGGAAGCAAGCAAAAUGAAGCAGUCUUACAAGAUAUGCUUCUGGAAGAUGUGAAGAAUUUAUUGAGCUGUACUAUGGAAAUUAAAUUGUUGAUUUUCAGCAUCUCAUAAAAAAUGCAGCUUGGUGGAGUCAUUUAGAGAAGUGUGUCUAGACAAGAAGUCUUGACAUGUGGCUGCAAGCCCCCUCAAGACAAACUUUGGCUCUAUCCUGCCAUUGACAAAUCACUCGCAUUUUCUCUUCUUACUCAGACUUUUCCUUCCUAAGCUGUGAACUCUCAGUUGCAGGAGCUGUCUUCAGAGAUGGGCUCCUCCUCUUAGAGAGGUGUAAUGGUAUGGAAGGGAGGAGACAAAAUCUCAUGAUGCCUUACGUUUGCAGAUUUCACUGCAAUACUUCACUGAACACUUACUUGGAGAAGAGAGAGUGAAAUUCUCAGACUAGUGAAUAUCUGCUGCAUAGGAAAAAUUUAAAAAAAAAAGAAAAAAUUCCUCAAGCUGACCUUAUACUGUGAGACCUAUUUCAUGUACCUGUAAAAUUCAUCCUACUUGGCAAUGUAAGGUUUGUGUUUGGACUCAAAGUUCUUUUCCAACCUAAAUGACUCUAUGACUUUGUGUGUCUUUCACUAAGUGCUCUGUUACUAUAUAGACGCUGCAGACAAGAUCUAUGUUUCUCUCCCUGGAGAGCCAGAGAUGAAGACAUAGUUCUUUAUGUGCU